GUUCUAAUAAAAGAAGAUAAACAAAACCUGGAAACAACACUGAACACUUCCCACAGUUCCUGCAACCGUUUUAAUUAGGGAAGGAGAUAUAGGAAUGUCAUGUGAGAGCCAUUGUCGCUGUGGGGUUGACCACCAUCAGUCUGGUGGUAACCCAAGCUGUGGCAUUUGUCGCUGAUGCGAUGUGAUGUGAUGCACUCGUCGGUGAAAGAAUUCCUGUGGGGAAGGCUCACUGGUGGUUCUCAUUUGAUGUGUGUUUGAAGUGUAAGAGGAGGGUCACCAAAGGGCGGAGACACCCUGAGCCUGGCCCUGCCUCUGAGUGGCUGGGUUAGGGGUUAGGGGUGGGAAGAGGGGAUUUACGGAGGUGGGAGAGUGUGGGAGUAGUGGGAUGAUCAUCUGGUUGAACAGCCCUCCACACACACCCUCAAACAGUCCGUUUACAGACAGAGAACACACACCUCUGGUUUUACAGUCUUUCCCUACUUUGAUAUGGAAUGUGGCUGUGCUGACAGCUCUGGAAGAGGGAGAGAAGGCAAAGGAGGGGGGGUCUAGGCUGCUGUGAGCCUGUUACUGUCCUGGAUUUAGUAGAGCUACAGUAGAGGGAAACUGGAGAGAGGAGAGGAGGCUCCUGUCUUGGAUUGUGAGUUACAGUAGAGGGAGACUGGAGGGGAGGUUGAGCCAGCAGAAGCUGAAAGAGGAGAGGUUGCUGUCCUGGAUCUUUGAGCUACCGUAGAGGGAGAUUGAAAGAGGAGAGGCUGAGCCGAGAGCCAUGUAGCCCAGAGCCAGUGGAGAAUAACGGACAGGAUUUAGUAGUGAUAAGAGCCUGCUCAGGAGAGCUUUCUGCACAGAGUAGAAGGCGUGGUGUGUGAUGAACCUGGAGAGUGCGUGUGGUUACCAGGUUGGGGUUCGGGGCCCACGGGCUGUGAUGGAGCAGAAGGUCAAAAGUCGACUGAACUAUGGCUUCCAGAGGAGCUCCACGUCAGACGACGACUCCGGAUGUGCCCUGGAGGAGUACGCCUGGGUACCGCCCGGCCUCAGACCAGAACAGGUCCAGCUGUAUUUCUCCUGUCUGCCUGAGGACAAGGUCCCUUAUGUUAACAGUCCCGGAGAGAAGUUCAGAAUCAAACAACUCCUGUAUCAACUGCCUCCACAUGACAAUGAGGUGCGCUACUGCCAGUCUCUCAGUGAGGAGGAGAAGAAGGAGCUCCACAUGUUCAGUGUCCAGAGGAAGAAGGAGGCGCUGGGGAGGGGCUCCCUCAAACUGCUGCCCCGGGCCCUGCUACACAGCGUCUGCGAACAUUGUGGGGAGAGCGUCAACGGUGGAGAGAUGGCGGUGUUUGCCUCCAGAGCGGGUCCUGGGUUGGUCUGGCACCCAGCAUGCUUUGCGUGCUCCAUGUGUAGCGAACUGCUGGUGGACCUCAUCUACUUCUACCAGGACGGAAAGAUCCACUGUGGCCGACACCAUGCUGAACUGCUCAAACCCCGAUGCUCAGCCUGCGACGAGGUUAUCUUUUCUGAUGAGUGCACAGAGGCGGAGGGGCGUCAUUGGCACAUGAAGCACUUCUCCUGUUUCGAGUGUGAGACGGUGCUGGGGGGACAGCGUUAUAUCAUGAAGGAUGGGCGGCCAUAUUGCUGCGGCUGCUUCGGCUCGCUCUUCGCUGAGUACUGCGAGGCCUGCAGAGAACACAUCGGGGUGGACAAUCCCCAGAUGACGUAUGACGGUCUCCACUGGCACGCCACCGAGGGUUGUUUCUGCUGUGCCCAGUGUAAGAGCUCUCUACUGGGCUGUCCCUUCCUGCCCAAGCAGGGCCGUAUUUACUGCUCCAAGGCCUGCAGUCUGGGAGAGGAUGUCCACACCUCUGACUCCUCCGACUCUGCCUUCCAGUCUGCACGCUCCCGCGAAUCCCGCCGCAGCGUCCGCAUGGGCAAGAGCAGCCGCUCGGCUGACCAGUGCCGCCAGUCGCUCCUCUUCUCGCCCUCCAUCAACUAUAAGUUCCCUGGGUUCACCGGUGAUUCCGGCAACACAGACACCCUCACCAACAAGCUGGCCCACCUGGGUUUAGCCAACGAGGAGCAAUUUUGGAAGGGGAGGGAGGGCACUGAGGCCCCCGAAGAUCGGGAGGAAGAGGAGUGGGCCGAGCACGAGGACUACAUGACACAGCUGCUGCUCAAGUUUGGGGAGCAAGGUGUCUUCCAGCAGGGUGAGGCAGUCGACUCCAGACCCCCAACAGAUCUGUGGGUGACUGAGGCAGAGGUCAAGAUGAAACAGUGUGAGCCUCAGGGCUCAAGGGCUGGGAGAGGAGGAGGAGGAGGAGUGUCAGGCAGCCAAAGCCUGGCCAGUAAGAAGUACCAGGCAGAUAUGUACUGGGCUCAGUCCCAGGAUGGGUUAGGGGAUUCAGCCUACGGUAGCCACCCAGGCCCUGCUAGCAGCAGAAAGCUCCAGGAGCUGGAGAUGGAGCACAGGGCUGGUAGCAUCGGGGAUAAAGGCUUCCAGAGGGAGGAAAAACAGUGGUAUGAUGACUCUCUGGAGUGUAUCACAGAUGGGCUGAAACAGACGGAUCAGAGCGUCAGGGACUCGAUGGACUCACUGGCACUGUCCAACAUCACCGCGACAUCAGUAAAUGGAGACAGUAAAGAGCGCCCUCUGGUCUACUCCUUGCAAAACUUCCAGGAGCUUGAGGCAGAGAACUGUGAGAACACAAGCAACAUGGGAACUCUCAAUUCCUCCACGUUACACCGCAGUGCCAAUUCCCUGAAGAGCCUUACAUCCGAGCUGGAGCAGGUGGAGGAGAAUGUACCAGAGGAAGAGGCGGCUCCUCUUCCCUCUCCCCCAAAGCCACCUCACGUCCCGGAGUUGAGGAGGACUCGCUCCCAGUCCCGACCCCAACAGGUCAAGUUCUCCCCAGACGUCAUUGACAACGGUCGCUAUGGUGACCUGCCAGUGCGCCAGCCCCCCAUGAGCGAGCGGACGCGGCGGCGUGCCUACCACUUUGAAGAGCAGGACCCGGAACUUCUUGGCUCAAGCUCCGGCCGCCAUCACAACCACCACCAUCACCACAGGAGGCGCCGCAGCCGCAAGUCCCGCUCCGACAACGCUCUCCACCUGGUGCCCAAGGAGAGGGCCAACCGCAUGUACUUCAGAGAGGACCAUAGAGGCCAUAGGAGCCACGGCCACAAGGGUCCCCAGCAGCAGACCUUCCUGCCCAACCAGCAGAGGUAUGGCCAGGGCCAACCUGGUCACCCCCAUCCCCACCAAGUCACCUCAGAUUACAGGCUCCAGCAGGGCCCAGCCAUGGAGAGGUUCCUGGGGCUGUGUGGGGACAGGGGCGAGGAUGACUGGUGCUCCACCUGCUCGUCUUCCUCCUCAGAGUCUGAGUCUGAGGAGGAAGGCUUUUUCCUGGGGCAGCCCAUCCCCCAGCCACACAGACACUACUAUGAUAACCUGCCCAGCCCUAGCCACGUGGCAGGCCUGCCCUCACCACCUUACGGGGGAGUCCCACGGACUAAGUCCAAAAAAAAGAAGGGGCACAAGGGGAAAAACUGUAUAAUUUCAUAACUUUUUUGUGGAGUACCCUUUUAAAUUAUACUCUGUCUGCAUUGCAACCCCCCUCUAGAUCUCUUGUUGCCACUGUUCAGAAUAUGGAAAUGGCCUGCCUGCUUGCUACAAAUGCCAAAUUCUCUUGCCAACUGGUUGUACUACGUCUUCUCGAGAUGGAUUACAAAAAACAGACAUGUUUGUAGUGGAAUGGCAUUGAAAGACUAAACAGAUUGCAUAUUCUUUUUUUUAACCUUUAUUUAAAGUAGGCAAGUCAGUUAAGAACAAAUUCUCAUUUACAAUGACAGCCUAUCCUGACCAGACCCUAAAAACGCUGGGCCAAUUGUGCACCGCACUAUGGGACUCCCAAUCACGUCCGGUUGUGAUACAGCCUGGAAUCGAACCAAGGUCUGUAGUGACGCCUUUAGCACUGAGAUACAGUGCCUUGGACCGCUGCACCACUCGGGGGCCCCAGUUAUUAAAGGAUCUACUAUUUUGCUAACCAGGGUUUUAAAAAUGAUAGUUUCUGCCAGCAAAGGAAUUAUAGAAUACAGUAUGAUGACAUCACCUAAUUCCAUGUAUGUGCUUCUUUUGUAUUUAGGCUUACCAGUAUGCAUUUGCAGCCCUGACAAGUGGGGAUAGCAUAUGUACUAUAAAGGGCCUGGUUGGGUUGACUAUUUUAUUUAUGGGUCAUAUUAUAUUGUAAACAGAUCAGUCAUCUGUAUAAAUGUAAAAACUGGAAUAUAAAGGCUAAGAUUGAUGAUAAUUGUAAUAAAAAAAUAUAUUAUAACA